AUGAACAAGAUCUUCCCCCAGGGGGAUGUCACCCGCAAUGCUGCUGCUGGAACCAAAGCCCGCCCUGGAGGGGAAGGGGCCCAGGCCUGUGUGACGCUGACUAACAGGACAGGCUUCUUGUGUGGGGACCGGAGGAGCUGCAUCUCCGCCAGCCAGGUGUGUGAUGGCCUUCGCACCUGUCCCCACGGCGAUGACGAGGAUGAGAGCUUGUGCCGAGAUGUGCCCCAGAACCUCCCCAGCUUCCUUGUGGCUCGCUGUGGAGACCUGGCCUCCUGGAUCUACUCAGACCAAAAGUGUGAUGGGAUCAACAACUGCGGGGACUGCUCAGAUGAACUGAGCCCAGUGACUGCAUGCCCACCCUGUGACGCUGGGUGGUGGCGCUGCUCUCCAACUGUCUUCAAAUACUGCAGCUGUAUCCCAAGGACUCUCUGCCAGGACCACGUGCAGCACUGCUCUGACUGGUCCGAUGAGUACUCCUGUCCCGGACCCUGAGAGGGCCUUCCAGGCCAGCGGGAGAGGCUGGUUGGAAU